AUGCCUCCUUCGAGUCCUUUAUCUUCCAUCCCUGAUGGAGGAGAAAACUCAACUCUCUCAUCGCCGCUCUCGACCCUUUCUAAAACACCGUCUGUGCCGUCUUCACCAGUCACUAUGCUCGACCCUGCGAAGCGCUAUCCUUCGCCUUCGACAACCGCCUCUGGCCCCCAUUCUCCUGCCAAGAUGUCCGACCUUGAAGACGAGAUUGUCGCUAAUACUCAAGGCCCUCCACCUGCCAAAAAGCGUCGAAUUACGCCUCCUAAAGAACGCAUAACCGAGUACUUGGAUCUGAUGAAAGGCGAAGAGGAACGAACAGAAGAAGAUACUCGCCUACUUAACAGGCUUCGCGAUACAUUACGCAAGAAGAAGAAGAUUGUUGUCAUCGCGGGUGCUGGCAUUUCUGUUGCAGCUGGGAUUCCGGACUUUCGAUCGUCCACUGGCCUAUUCGCAUCUGUGAAAAACCAACAUAAUCUCAAAGGCUCCGGUAAACACUUAUUCGAUGCCUCGGUUUAUAAACACGACGAUACCACCGAAUCAUUUCACGCCAUGGUUAGAGAAAUGGCUGCCAAGACCAAAACUGCCGAACCUACAAAGUUUCACCACCUACUAGCAUCUCUGGCCAAGGAGGGUCGAUUAUUACGCCUCUACUCGCAAAAUAUUGAUUGCAUAGACACAUCAAUGGAGCCUCUGGCCACUCAAGUCCCUCUCAACCCCAAAGGUCCCUGGCCCACCACCAUUCAGCUGCACGGUGGCCUCCAAAAAAUGGUUUGCACUAAAUGCAGCAGCCUCCAAGAUUUUAACGGCGAAAUUUUCACCGGCCCAAAGCCUCCGCUCUGCUCAACAUGCAAAGAUCUUGACGAAGUUCGAACAGCUCAUGCAGGAAAACGGAGCCACGGUAUUGGAAGAUUGCGGCCGCGAUUUGUGCUUUACAAUGAGUAUAAUCCAGACGAAGAAGCCAUUGGAAAUGUUUCAAGCGCGGAUCUCAAGGCACGACCCGAUGCCGUCGUGGUUGUUGGCACCACUCUCAAGGUUCCUGGAACCCGCAGACUUGUUAGAGAAAUGUGCCAAGUCACACGAGGACGAAAGAACGGUGUUGCCAUCUGGAUCAACUUGGACGACGAGCCCAAAGGUGUUGACUUGAAGAACUGUUGGGAUAUCGUGGUGCGAUCAGAAUGCGACAACGUUGCUCAUCACACUUACCCUCACUGGGAUCUCGACAUUGGUGAGGGUUAUGAGCUUACCAAAGAAGAAGAACAAAACCUGGAAGAUCGCGCGGCUAGGGGUAAGACAACCUUUGAGGUCAUCAUUCCGGCGAGUUCGCCCUCACUCGACCCAGAGGUGGAUGAGAAGAAGCCCACUGCCAAACCAAAACAAGUCGAACAGGCUCAAGGAAUCCCAACACCCAACGCAAGCCCUAAAAUCUCAGCAGCCAAGAAGCCAGGGAAGAAACAAAGCACACUUCAUUUCAGCGGAAAACAGCCAACAGCAACAACCGUUACAUCGGCACCCAAGUCACGCAAACGUGGUAAAAAGCCCGCUCAGCCCAAACCCAACACACCGGCAAUUGGAUUCAAAGCAGUCAAGAAUGUUGCGAGUCAGGAUAAGGCGAAGAAACCUGCACCAAGAGUCCCUGCAAAACGAAAAGCGACUGGGUCGGACCCCACACACAAUUCAAACAGCGAUAAUACUUCUUCUCCAGUCACGAACAAAAAAUCAGACACUAUCUCACCAAAGUCUAAACCAUCAGGCAUGCAGAAUCUCAUCGAUUAG